AUGCAUCCAACAAACCUCCUCCUCCUCUCCCUCUCCAUAUCCACAGCCACGGCUUCCCCCUCUCCAAUCUGGAACCGUCUUCUCACAUCCAUCUCUCAUUACACCAAUUGGGUCGAUAACUCUCAAUCUCCGCUUUCUCCAUCCGAAGAAGGUGUUCAGCCACAACCAGGAACACUGGUAACAACUCACCUCCCCGCAGUAACGACAACAAUAUAUGCCAAAACCUCCACACCUCUGCCUCUUCCACCAGCCUGGGAUGUCCACUAUCCGGAAGAAGAUGAAGUCGAAGAAGGCAGCGAGGAAAGUGACUUAGAAAAACGACAAGAUUGUACAAACUCUGGAAUCCAAAAUUCCGGCUGUGGUAAUUCCGGAAAUUACAAUACCGGCAACGGUAAUUCUGGGAACUACAACUGUGGUAACGGGAACAGUGGGAAUUACAACUCUGGUGAUGGGUCCCCCGGGAAUGGUGGAGAUGGCCAGUGCGGUAAUGUUGUCAUCUCACAAAGCGUAGCAUACGUUUACCCUGCCCCGUCGACAGUGGUGGUUCAAGUCGCACCUAUCACAUCUGUAGUUACGAUUUAUCAGCCUCAGGUUUAUACUACUUGGGUGGUAUACCAACAACCUCCUGCUACUACCAUUAUAUACCAAGAGCCACAGGUCGUUAGGAUUGUGGCUCAGGAGACUUAUGCACCACGUGGUUGUGCUUAUUGGGAGAGUUUGGGGUAUAGAUGUAGUGCUGGUGGACGGGUGGAGAUCAAUAAAGGUGUUUAUGUGGUUGGAGGAGCAUUGUUCUGGAUGCUUGUCGGACUGUUUAUGAUUUGA